GGGGCGUGGAGGAAAGGAGGGGGGCGGUCACGUGGGCCGCCGGCGGCGCGACUCGGCUCUAGGCGCUCGCGGCCGCUGGCUCCCGGGACCGCGGUCCCUGCCCCUCGCCGGCGCCGCAGCCAGGUACUCUGCUGUCAGAUACGCCCUUGCCAGGUGGCCCUGGACGCGCCAGGCUGGGGUCGCCUCUGAGCGCCCCGCGGGGGCCAUGGAUGACGAGACAGCAGAGGAGCAGGGGGGCCCCGCGCCACCGCAGGGUGCACCCUGCGGACACGGCUCAACUGGCGCUCCUGCCCUCGGGGGGCGGAGGGAGCCCAAGAAGUACGCAGUGACCGAUGACUACCAGUUGUCCAAGCAGGUGCUGGGCCUGGGUGUGAACGGCAAGGUGCUGGAGUGCUUCCACAGGCGUACUGGGCAGAAGUGUGCCCUGAAGCUCCUGUAUGACAGCCCCAAGGCCCGGCAGGAGGUGGACCACCACUGGCAGGCCUCAGGAGGCCCCCACAUCGUGCGCAUCCUGGACGUGUAUGAGAACAUGCAUCACAGCAAGCGCUGUCUCCUCAUCGUCAUGGAAUGCAUGGAAGGUGGUGAGCUAUUCAGCCGGAUUCAGGAGCGUGGCGACCAGGCUUUCACUGAGAGAGAAGCUGCAGGAAUCAUGCGGGAUAUUGGCACUGCCAUCCAGUUCCUGCACAGCCGGAACAUCGCCCACCGAGACGUCAAGCCUGAAAACCUGCUCUACACGUCCAAGGAGAAAGAUGCAGUACUCAAGCUCACUGACUUUGGCUUUGCCAAGGAGACCACCCAAAAUGCCCUGCAGACACCCUGCUACACUCCCUAUUAUGUGGGCUUCAGGCUCCUAUCUGGGCUCCAAGACCUUUGGGCUGAGAGCCCUCCUGUGCCCUCUGCCCUGCUAGCUCCUGAAGUCUUGGGUCCAGAGAAGUAUGACAAGUCGUGUGACAUGUGGUCCCUGGGCGUCAUCAUGUACAUCCUUCUGUGUGGCUUCCCGCCCUUCUACUCCAACACGGGUCAGGCCAUCUCCCCAGGGAUGAAGAGGAGGAUCCGCCUGGGCCAGUAUGGCUUCCCCAAUCCUGAGUGGUCGGAGGUUUCUGAGGAUGCCAAGCAGCUGAUCCGCCUCCUGCUGAAGACAGACCCCACAGAGAGGCUGACCAUCACACAGUUCAUGAACCAUCCCUGGAUCAAUCAAUCGAUGGUGGUGCCACAGACCCCACUCCACACGGCCCGAGUGCUUCAGGAGGAUAGAGACCACUGGGAUGAGGUCAAGGAGGAGAUGACCAGUGCCCUGGCAACCAUGCGUGUGGACUAUGACCAGGUGCAGAUCAAGGACCUGAAGACCUCUAACAAUCGACUCCUCAACAAGCGGAGAAAGAAGCAGGCAGGCAGCUCCUCAGCCUCACAGGGCUGCAACAACCAGUAGCUCAUGGGGCCUUGGAUGAGCUGGGCCUCUUGGUGUGGCGUAUAGAUCCGAGUGUGCUGUGGCCCUGACCCAGAGGGCCUGGGGUCAUUAUUUGUAACAAAAGGAUCGUUUUUUGUUGUGUUUUAAUUUGUCACUUGGAACAUCAGGAUGGGAGACCUUGACUCCAAACCUCAUUAGACAGGGCCCAGAGCCUGGGAGUUAGGGAGCCACCUGCCUCAGCUGCAGACUUUGGCCAGAGUGGCCCCAGUGAGACAUAGGUCUGUUCUGCGCUGGGACAUGGCCUUAGACUUCUAGGCUACUGGGGGUUGUGGCAGGCUUCCCUCCUCCCAUGGAGAUACCCCCUCUGUAGGGUAGGCAGAUGGGCCUGGCCUUGGGAAAGGCAUCUGGCCAUUGGUUGCUAUGGUGACCAGGGACCGAGUUGCUGUCUCUGAAUGCUGAGUAAGAGAGUAAGGGAGGGAGAAGGACCAAUGGAGGGUCCACCUCUGCCUCCUUGGAGAGGUUUGUCUCCCUCACACUACUUGCCCCUCUCAGGAUUCCUCCCUUUGGUCUCCUCGAGGCACCAGGGUCAGUCUGCCUGCCUCGCUGGGGGUUCCAGCCCUAUCUUGCUGCAACCCCAUCCCACAGGCCCCUUGGAGCUCUCUCUCUGCAGAGUCCCUGGGCCUAGUGAUCCUGUUACUACCCCUUACCCAAAGAGUGGCUUCUCAUCUCAGGUGAGGGUGGGAGGUAUUUUUAACCCUUUUCUACUUUGGAAACUGUCACUGUGACAAAAGCCAGCACAGUUCUCCUGCCCCCACCCGCUUACCGGAUCCCAGGCAGGAAAGCUUCUCUCUGUAACAGUUCAUCCUCCACCUUGUCCUGGUUGAUGGCAGGGACUGUCUCUUGGUGUACUUUUUUGAGGGUGGAUGGCUGAGGACAGGACCAAGAGGCUUCCCGUUAAUCAGGAGUCUCUUUCUACACUCCAGGUCAGACCUGAGGCAGUAGAGGGCUGCUGAGUGAUGCUUAGAAGGUCUGGUUCUGGGUCCUGGCUUCAGCCUGAGUGGGACAAGAGAGGACCUUCCUUGCUGGUCCAGGUUUACCCAGGCCCACACUGCCCAGAGUAGCCUCAGGGUUCUCAGUGCCGGAUAUGGACCUGACAAGUGCCUGAUACACAUCCUGGUUCCUGACCCCUCUCUCUGGAUGGGAAGCCCUAGACCACAUCAGAUAGGAAAACACCACUGGGGUUUACAUCUAGAUAUUAAUAAACACCAUUUUGGCAUUUUC